AUGAGAGGUACCACGCGAGUCUCAGUCAUGCUCCUCCUCGUGACUGUGUCUGACUGUGCCGUGAUCACAGGGGUCCGCGAGCGGGACGUCCAGUGUGGGGCGGGCACCUGCUGCGUAGUCACCCUGUGACUGUGUGGGCUGCAGACGUGCACCCUGCUGAGGUGGGAAGGAGAGGAGUGCUACCCCUGAGGCCACAGGGUCCCUUUCUUCAGAAAACGCCAGCACCACACCUGCCCCUGCCUGCCCAGCCUGCUGUGCUCCAGAGGCCUGGGUGACAGGUACUGCUGCUCCACCAACUUGAAGAACAUCGACUUUUAG